AUGACUCGAUUUGCGAGUGUCCUUGCUUUUGUACCAUGGCUUCUUCCACGAGAAGCCUGGGCUUACAUUCCAUCCUACGGCAACACCAGCUGUCUGCUUUGGCAGGGAGACGGAUGCGAAAACAUUCGAGAAGAGACGUUGUGCGUAAACAGCCGUGACGGCAUGGCCCACGACUUGUUUGGCAACGUCAGAUUAGGCAAGCCCUGUGCUUGGCACAAGGCUGGUGUGUGCGCGCGAGUCGACGAUUGGACUCGCCGGCAAGAAAAUCCAAGUGACUACACAGUGGCCAAAUGCAAGGAGGGAGCAGGCAUUGACGAGACGAUUGCAGCGGUGAAGCCUCCUGCGGCUUCCCAGGGCCAGUUCAGCUCGGACACCAGAGCCCACAUGCCGUGGAGCAAGGUUGACCUGAUGCCGAUGGAUGGUGGUUCCGAUCGAGCUUGCCGUGGAGUGAUGCAGACCCAAACAGGGCAUGUUGCGCGAUUGUACAACAUCUGGACUGCAUCGAACAUCAAUGACUGCAAGGCUCUUUGCACCGGUUCCUGCAAAGGGGUCGAGUUUCAAGCGGAGAACAAAUACUGCGAGGUUUGGUAUGGAGAUGUUCUCUUCUCAACAGAGAAUCCAGGUUUUGAAUGUUAUGUUCGUAAGGACGAGGACCAAGCCGCCAAGUUGGCGCUGGUCAAGCCAAAGGACAUGAGCUGCCUUCGUGCGGAGCCCGAAGGCUGCGCUGCCUUGAAGGAUCGUUUCAGCUGUCUCAGCAGCAAAGACGGCAGCGGGAAAGAGGACGUCCUUGGUCUGCAGGUGGACGAUGAGCCAUGUGUCUGGUGUGGCGGAGGGCUCUGCCACACUGGCGGCUUGUCCAUGUGCGAGCCCUUUGACUAUUUGCUUCGCGGAGCGGGCAAGGAUCAUGCCUUCGGAAGCUUCACGGCGUCCGGCACCUUCGAAACUCCGUCCUGCGAGGAAGGGCAGGCCUCUGUCUUUGCCCAGAGCGACACAUGGUGGCAGCCAGACCGGCCACUCGAGGCAGAGAUCCAGAAGCUGACGCCGGUGACGGGCGGCUGCACGUCUGUCCAGGACAUGGCAACAUGCCUGAGCAGCAAAGAUGCAAGCUCCAAUGCCACAUGGGGAUACACUCCGUACAAGGUGCAAGGGGAAGCCUGCGUUUGGUGUGGCGGAGUGCCCUGUACGGAUGCCAGCUCAUCGCUGUGCAUGCCCUUCGACCUUGUCAUGAACGGACAGGGCCCUCACCACGACACCUUCUACGCAAAGCACUCAUUUAAGGUGGCUGCGAUCAAGGAGUCUGAGGUUGUUGUCAGGGCCGACGUUGAUGUGCAGUGCCUUUCACCGGACAACCAUGGAUGCAAUACGCUUACCGAUGCUUUCAAGUGCUUGGCUAGCGUUGAUGGCCGCCCCAACGAGACAAUUUUCGGCCGCAAGGUAAAAGGUCAACCGUGCGUGUGGUGCAACGGCAGGAACUGCAACAGCGAGGGUGGGCUUUGCGAAGCAUAUGAUCUGCAGAUGAACGGCGAGAGCUAUGUUUUUGCGACUAGCUUCGACAAGAACCCCAUGGUGGCUCAAUGUGAGGGUGGCAUGGUCAAAGCACAUCCUCAUGUGCAUUCGGCUGUUCUGGCACUUCCAGAACCCAAGAUGGAGGAGUUGGGCUGCCUGAAUGUUGAGCCCGCGGGAUGCAUGUCCAUUACUGACAAGAUUCAUUGCCUUAGCAGUGUCGAUGGCUCUGUUGGUGCCUCCUAUGGCGGCCUUCGCAUCCGCGGGCAGCCGUGCGUGUGGUGCGGUGGGACGUCUUGUACAAACGGCGGAAGCUUCAAGUGUGCUCCAUACGAGUAUCUCGCCAAAGGCGCAACCAAGGUGUUCCCCCAUGUGACCGCAGUAUCUGCAACCGUGGCCCAGUGCCAUGCCCAAAGCCGCUCCUUCCCAGAAGAAGAGACCGCCUGCCUCAAGAUUGCCGAGACGGGCUGCAAUGAGAUCAAGGACAUGGCAACCUGCGUGAGCAGCAAGGAGGGCCGUCCGUACGAGUACAUCGCAGGCUUCAAGGUCAAAGGGGAGCCUUGCGUUUGGUGCGGUGGCGGGCAGUGCAACUCCGGGUCGCUCACCUCCUGCGAACCGUAUGACUGGGCGGUCAACGGUGCAGGCCACGUUUUCGCAACCCAGAUGAGCACCAGCCUGUACUCCAGGGCGGCCUGUGACAAGGAUGGCCAGCCGGGCCCGGUGCAGUUGCCGAGCCAGAUGGAGGUGCAUGGCUACCACCAAUCCGUGCAGUGCGGACAUCCCAAUCCAAUGUGGAUGAAAGUGGGCAAGACUUGCGGCUUCUGCAAGGUGUUGGUUCCUUCGAUCAAGGAGCAGUUUGCCACCUGUGCGGACUACUGCGCCUCCCAAGGUGGCUUGCAGUGCAAGUCGGCUGCUUUCGGUUCUCUUGACAGCUGCGAUGUGAAGCAAGCUGCCACCUGCGACACGAACUUCGAGGUCUACGGCCAUGCGAUCUGCGAGUGCCAGCCGCCCGAGAGCCCCUUCAAGGCAGCCAACGAGGCGUUCGCCGGUUCGGUCUCUGCACCAAAGGCCGAUGACAUGAAAUGUCUCAACAGUGUGGACACAGGCUGUGGCUCAAUCAAGGACAAGCUGAUUUGCCUCAGCAGCAUGGACGGGAGCCCGAAUGCAACUUACCGCUCGACGAAGAUUGCAGGGCAGCCAUGUGCGUGGUGCGGGGGAGUGGCCUGCACAUCGCACGAUCCCAGCGUGAUGUGUGUGGCUUUGGACUUCCUUGUCAACGGGCAGGGCCCUGCGUAUGCCACCCGCCACGUCGCUGCACCCUCCGUUGAUGUAGCAGGCUGCGACAAGGCAAAGUCUGUGAGAGACUUCGGCGAUGUUUCCUGCCUCAAGCGCGUCGAAGACGGAUGCAACACGCUCAAGGAUAAAGACGCUUGCUUGGGAAGUGUCGAUGGCCGUCCGUACGCUCAAGUCGCGGGACUCAAGGUGGAGGGCCAGCCGUGUGUGUGGUGCGGUGGAUUGCCUUGCACCUCAAACAACGGAAACCUCUGCGAACCCUACGAGUUUGCGAGCCACGGCGAAGGGCAUGCCUAUGACUUCAACAACGAUAACAGCUACUUCUCCGCGGCUUGCGAGGGUGGAGCGCCUGUGCAGCACACCAUGAGCACCGCCGUUGCCAUGGCCGGAGUCACCGCUGCCGUGGACUGCGGGAUGCCUUCCCCGCUCUGGCGCGGGGUCAGCAAGACGUGCGGCUUUUGCCAGGUCCUGGUGGCCACGGAGGCUGCGAAGUCCUACCUCAACUGCGAGUCCUACUGCCAGGCACAAGGAGGUAUGGCAUGCACGAAGGCUUUCUCAGGAAGCCUGCAUAGCUGUGAUCUCGGGCCGGCGAUGAGCUGCACUGCAGAGUUCCCGAAGGACAUCUCCCCGAUCUGCGAAUGCGCUGCGCCCAGCGUCAAGGAGAACGAUGUGAACAAGAGAUUUGUGGAGGCCAUUGCCCGUCCGGAUGAGGCUGCGACGAUGUGCCUCACUCCAGCAGAGAAUGGUUGCAGCGCUUUGGACAACAGGAACGCUUGCCUGAGUAGCAAGGACGCGAGCACGGAGAGCUAUCGUGGCUUGAAAAUGGCGGGUGAGCCGUGCGUCUGGUGCGGUGGCGCGCCUUGCACAAGUCACAGUGAAGCAAAGUGUGCUCCUUAUGACUUCCUCGCGGGGGGUCAAGGACUGGCCUUCCAGACACGCCAGGCUGCUUCUGUGAUGGAUGUCGCCCACUGCAAGGAAGCGAGCCGCACCUGGGAAAACAUCGGCUGCCUUACUCGGGCAACGGAUGGCUGCCACACUUUCACGGAGAAGGAUGCUUGCCUCGCACACGUUGAUGGCCGCCCCUAUACGCAGAUCGCUGGCCUCAAGGUUGAGGGACAGCCGUGCGUCUGGUGCGGCGGAACGACCUGCCAUGAGUCGGGGACGUUGUGCGAGCCGUACGAGUAUGCGAUGAAUGGAGACGGUCAUGCCUUCGACGUGUCAGCUGCAAAGAGCACUUUCUUUACUGCUGCUUGCGAGGAUGGCAAGCCCGUGGAACAUAGGGUCUCGUCUGCCCUGGUGGAAGCCGGCUUGCCGCUUCAGGUGGACUGCGGAGUUCCGAACCCGACUUGGGACAAGGUCGGCAAGGCGUGUGGAUUCUGCAAAGUCCAGGUGGCGAAGGAGGCUGCUUCCAGCUUCAAGACCUGCGACGCCUACUGCAAGGGGCAGGGCAACCUCACCUGUGCUGGGGCAUGGUCGGCACACCCCUACAGCUGCGACGUUGCGUCCACAAAAACCUGCGCUGCGGAGUUUGCAGAUGAAGAGUGGCCACUGUGCCAGUGCAGCCUUCCAGCUGCGACCGUGGCUGCCUCAUCGGCUGCCUUCGACUUGCCGCGCCCGGCAGAUGCUGAGCUCACAUGCCUGUACACAGCGGAGCAGGGCUGCGGUGCUCUGGACAACGAGCUGGACUGCCUUGGUAACAAGGACGGAAGCUCCGUGACUGACAUCAAGGGCCUGAAGGUUCAGGGAGAGCCUUGCGUGUGGUGCGCAGGGGGGCCGUGCACGGAUUACAGCGCUUCGAAGUGCGUUGCCUACGACUUCUUGGCGCGGGGACAGGGCUUGGCGUUCACGGUACGGGCAUCUCCUAUCGCGGCUGAGGUUGCCAAGUGCAAGACUCAUCACCGCCCCUUUGGCGACACCAAGUGCCUGAAGCGGGUGACGGAGGGAUGCAACACCAUCCAGGAGCAGAAAGCAUGCCUUGCCAGCUACGAUGGCCGUCCUUACACGCAGAUCCGAGGCUUCAAGGUUGAGGGCCAGCCAUGCAUUUGGUGUGGUGGCGUGCCUUGCACCAGCGGUGGCAACCUCUGCGAGCCUUAUGAGUUCGGGAAGUACAGCGCGGAGAGUGCCGUCUGGUACACUGCUACCUGCGAGAAUGGUGAGCCGGUCGAGCACGAGAUUCCAAGCAAUUUCGCCAACUAUGGACAGACGAUUCAUGUGAACUGUGGAACGCCAGAGCCUGUUUGGUUCAAAGUUGGCAAAGAGUGUGGCUUCUGCAAAGUGCAAGUUGCCGCCAUGGCAGCGUCCGGCUACAAGAACUGCGACACGUACUGCCGCGCCCAGCCCGGCAACCUGACCUGCAAAGCGGCGUUUAAGGGUGCCAAACACAGCUGCGAUGAGCAGACGGCGAUGGCUUGCUCUGACACAUUCCCUGCUGACACUGCCCCCAUCUGCGAAUGCAAUCCGGCCUUGGGCAAGGCGGUGACGGUUCAGCCAAGACCAUCGGAGGCCGACAUGAAGUGCCUGAGAACUGAGGGUCUCGGAUGCUCUGCCGUCUCCGACAGGCUGAAUUGCUUGAGCAGCAAGGAUGCCAGCAACAAGGUUGCGGUGGCUGGCCUGAAGAUCCAAGGGGAGCCGUGCGUGUGGUGCGCUGACGGGCCCUGCACUAGCAACUCUGCCUCUCAAUGCGCCCCCUACGACUGGUUCGUGCGAGGUGAGGGUGUGGCCUUUACGACAAACCUGGCCACUGCCAACUUCAUUGUGGCUGCCUGCAAGGCAGACUCGGAUGCUGCGAUGGACAAUUCCAACGUUCAGUGUUUGGCCAAACAUGCCAACGGAUGCAACAGCAUCCAGGAUGAGCAGACGUGCCUCAGCAGCCUGGAUGGUCGACCGUACGAGUUUGUUGCUGGCUACAAGGCAGCUGGACAACCAUGCGUGUGGUGUGGUGGUGGGGCUUGCACCUCGCAGAACGACAACAAAUGCGAGCCUUACGAUUACGUCGUCAAUGGUGCAGGCCAUGCCUUCCAGACAUUCCAUGCCACGGGGCUGUGGAAGAUGGCUGCCUGCGAGGGCGGUCACGUGGUCGCGCAUGCUCUUCCGAGCUCCUUCACUCACGGCACCAACCUCCAGGUGCAAUGCGGCUAUGGGCCGUUGGCGGUGUGGACUCACACCAGUCGAACCUGUGGCGAGUGCCAAGUGAAUGUGCCGCAAAUGAAGGACAACUUCGCGACGUGCCAGCACUAUUGCGAGCGCCAGCCUGGUGCUCCCACAUGCUUGGGUGCUGCCAUCGCUCAUCAUCCUAACUCUUGCGACGUCCAUACCCCUGCGGCAUGCGACUACGAGUUCAAGAAGGAGGAGGAUGGCAUUUGCAAGUGCAGUGUGGUAAAGCCACCCCACGAGCGGGUCCAGAAACUGUACGCGCAGUGUGGCGGCAAGAACUGGAAGGGUUUCGUGCAAUGUCAGGUUGGUGCUAUCUGCAAUGUUGUGAAUGAUUGGUACUCGCAAUGCCAGCCAUCUUUGAGUGCCAAGCCAGGGGUGAAAAUCAAUCCAUUCGGGGCCGAUUCCGAGACCGUGCUUGGUGUGGACGAAGAGGAAGUGGCGGCCUCAAUGGCUGCCGGAGCCGGUGCAGCCAUUGAGACACCCAAGGCAGGUCCAACCGUGGUUGUGGCACCGCCCAAACCAGGUCCAAGCGUGGUUGUGGCACCGGUUGUGGCGCCGGUCGUGGCCGCACCACUUGUAACACCUCCGAAGCCCAAGGGGGCAGUGCUAACGACUCCGCCUGUAGAUGUGCCCAUGUUGGCAGCGGAUUCAGGAGUGGUACUUACAACCGCAGCGCUGCCAGAAAUAACGACACCCAAACCGGUGGUUUUGCCGGAGCUGACGACGCCCGAACCACCCAAGCCAGUGGCGUUGCCAGAGUUGACGACACCCGAGCCUCCCGCACCAGUCAGCGUGGCAACACCGGAGACAUCCAUGAUCCCUGCAGUCGCAGCUGCGGAGCAAGCAAAAGCAGGCUACAUCGCCGUCACACCUGGUCCAUCUGCUGCUGCUGUGCCGACAGUGGCUCCCGCCACCGUGGCUCCUGCAGCCACCGUGGCUCCUGUGGCUGCAGUAUCUGCGACCACGGUGGCUCCUGUUGUGGCCACUUUGCCUCCUUUGGCCACGGUGGCCCCUUUGGCUCCAGUUGCCAUCCGUGCCAAGGAAGCCACUGACCAGUCAUCAGAUAUUGCUGAGACUACGGGCAGCGGAGCAAGCACAACAAAGAUGCCACACUCUGUUCAGGCAGGCCUCAAUGCUGCGGCACUGAAGAGAGACGACGACGGCACUCUGGUGGAACAGGCCGUGUCUGCCGCGGCGACUGCCGGCUCUUACGAGGUGGCCAACUACGGCUCAUCGCAGGAAAAGGCGCAGGAAAAGGCACUGCAGGCAGCUGUCAGCGUGUUCGAGGAUGUGGGAGGCCUCCCCGAAGCCCAGGCAACUGUGGAGGGCGAGAAGGCACUCAAGAGCGCACUGGAAAUGGUCGGCGGAAAGUUUGAUGGUCCUGAUCUCCUGCACCGUCACGGCUUUGCGGACUGCUGGGAGCCUUGCGGAAAGAAGGCAGGUUACUGCUCCGAUUUCUGCGGAAGAGGAAAUGCCUGCUGUCGGAAGACCGGUGACAUUGUCGUCCCCACGGAGUGCAUGAAUGUUUACAGCUUCUACACGCCGCACUACGAAUGCAUCAAGCCAACGGCCAUCUACAUGCCGACCCAAGUCAAGGCCAAGGAGCAGGCCAACAAGACGAUGGAGGUAGUGGAGGCUGGAACGGUCGUCGUGGAGGAUGCGUCGGCAGCGGCACAGCCAGACGACAACUUCACCACCGGGCAGUGGGUUUUGAUCGCAGCAACCAUUCUGGCCCUGCUCUGCGCCGGCGUCGUCUGCUGGACACUGUCGGAGGGCAACAAGCGAUCUGUCCCACUGAAAAUGACGCGGUCGGUGGAGGUCGCUUCCCCGACCUCGGCGACCGGUGCCGACCUUGAGCUUCAGGCUCCUUUGACGGCUGGAGCAGCCCUGGGUGCCGUUGCCGCACCGGUCGUCACGGCUGCGCCGAUCGUGUCGCAGCAGUAUCGCUUCCUGCCGGGGGGCACUUCACAAGGUUACCAGGCAGCUCCAAUGGAUGAUGGACUCAUGGCCCAACCAAUUUCCACCGGCGUGAUCUCAACUCCAGUUCCUAUGGCUGGAGCCGUCUACUACCCUUCCACGCAGGUGGCCUAUGCCCCGCUUGCAGCAUCGGUCGCUACCUCGACUCCAGUGCCCAUGGAACCGAUGAUGGCGGCUGGAAGUUCGGCGGUCCAGGGGCCACCGACACAAUGUCCUGCCUGUGGCAACAUUUACGCUAUCGACAGUGUAUUCUGCCGCAAGUGCGGAGUGAAGCGGCCAGAACACUGA